AUGUAUCCCAACAGGCACGAAAACGAACUAGCUCCCAAGAUUCACUUGGCUUCUGUACUGCGUGCUCUAUCAGACGGUGUUCGACAGCCUCUUCCGUCGCCGUACAUAGGACCUUUCAAGGUGCUACAUCGUGCGAUUAAGGCGCACACUAUUGACCGCGGUGGUCGACACGAAGUCGUCACCAUCGACCGUCUAAAACCCGCCUUUAUGGAAGAAAACCCAUCGCCUACUUCGUCUAAUAUUGCCUCGUGCGACGUCACAACUCACCGCACCUGUUUUCCGCAUGAUAAUGAAGUCCAAGCAGACCACGAUCACGGUCUACAAGCUUCAGCCGUCCCGACAUCUCCCGAACCUAGUCCACCGCCUCCCACGACCAAUCGCCGUGGUCGGGAGUUGCGUAAGCCCGUUCAUUUCUCCGACCCACUUUUGAUCGAUUAA